UUCCUCAAUUAAUUCAAAACAUACCGUUUAAUAUUCAUUUUCAUAUUGUUCCUUUGGUUAAAAUCAUAAUUUAUAAUUAUUCUUACAUGUUGCAUGCUAUAAUUGCUCAAAUGUUGAAUAUUAAAAUAAAUGUUGAAAAAUAUUGAUUAACUAAAUAUUCGAACAUAUUUUUAAACGGAAAAUAUAACAUUCUAACUACAUUUCACGAUUGGUUUUUGUUCUAAUUACAAAUAGGUACAAUGAAUACUCAAACAGAAAUGAAAAUAAUCACUAAUAAUAAAUGCUUUGAUGGUCAUCAAAAAGUAUAUGAGCAUUAUAGUAAUGUAGUAAAAUGCAACAUGAAAUUCGGUAUAUAUAUUCCUCCUCAGGAAAAUGAAGCAGAAAGAUUUCCUGUGUUGUUUUAUUUAUCUGGUUUGACAUGUACUGAACAAAAUGUUAUUACAAAAUCAGGAUUUCAAAGAAUAGCAUCUCAGUAUAAAAUUAUUGUCAUUACACCUGAUACAAGUCCUAGAAAAUGUAAUAUUCCUAACGAAGAAGAAAAAUGGAAUGUAGGAUCAGGUGCUUCAAUGUAUGUGAAUGCUACUCAAGAACCUUGGAAUAAACAUUACCAAAUGUAUACUUACAUAACUGAAGAACUAUAUCAAUUGAUAUUAAACAACUUUCCAGUGUUAAAUAACUGUGUAUCUAUUACUGGACACAGUAUGGGAGGACAUGGAGCAUUACUGUGUUCAUUACUUAAUCCAACUAAAUUUAAAUCAGUAUCAGGAUUUGCUCCUGUUUGCAAUAUUUCCAACUCACCUACACUGAGGGAAGGACUAAUAACUUUAAUUGGAAAAGAUGAAGAAACUUGGAAAGAUUGGGAUCCUACUCAUAUAGUUACAUCUUACAACGGACCAAAAGUUGAGAUACUAAUACAUGUGGGUACUGCAGAUGAGUUUUUAAAAGAAGAUUUGCUAAUUGAAAAUUUUGUUAAGGCUGCAAGUGAAAAUGAAAAUAUUAAAAUUACUGUCAAUUAUGAAAAAGGAUAUGAUCAUAGUUAUUAUUUUGUUUCAUCUUAUAUUGAAGAACAUAUUAAGUUUCAUUCAUCAAUCCUUCAUAAAUAUAAAAACCUCGUUAUUGUAAACAGAAAUAUGAAAUUGGAAAAAAAAUCGGAUGUAAAAUGUUUUGGUGGAUACCAGAAAAUUUUUGAACAUGACAGUGAUGUAUUAAAUACUAGUAUUCGUUUUUCUAUAUACAUACCACCAAAUUUAGAAGAUCCUGCUCCUGUUUUAUACUAUUUAAGUGGGAUGUCAUGUAAUGAGAAAACAUUCAUUGAAAGAUCUGGAUACCAACGUUGGGCCUCUCAAUACGGAAUUAUUGUAGUUGCUCCAGAUGUGUGUCCAAGAAUUAUGUUUUCAAACGAAAAAAGUAUAAUUGAAGCCAAAGGACUUUCAUUUUAUAUCGAUGCAGUGCAAUCUCCAUGGAAUAAAAACUACAAUAUGUAUUCUUACGUCAAUGAAGAAUUACCUAAACUUAUUCAGGAUAAUUUUAAUAUUAAAAAAAAUAGACAGUCAAUAAUGGGACAUAGUAUGGGGGGCCAUGGAGCCCUUAUUAGUGCUUUGAAAAAUCCAGGAAAAUUUCAAUCUGUUUCUGCAUUUGCUCCAGUUUGUAAUCCUGCUGGAACAUCCUCUAUUAUUGAAAUAUAUAAUCAUUAUUUUGGAAAAGAUACUGAAGCUAUGGAGUUAUGGGAUGCUACAUGUUUAAUUUCCAAUUACAAAGGACCGAAUUUAAAUUUACUUAUUCACCAAGGCAGUAAAGAUGAAUAUGCUGAAACAUUAAACUUGGAGAAAUUCUCAACUGCUUGUAGAAAAGCUGGAAUUGAAAGUUCAAUCAAAGUCGAGGAAGGAUAUAAUCAUGGAUAUCAUUUUGUAUCAUCAUUUAUAGAAGAACACAUUCAUCAUCACUCUAAAUUUUUACUAUAAAUACUGAAAUAAUUAAAUUUUUAAUUUAACACUGAUGAAAGGCAAGCCAAACUAAUAAAUAUAUAUACUUUUUUUUUUUAAA